AUGAACUUGUCGCCCAACGGUUUGGCGCUGCAAGAGGGCGGCAUGCUCUCCAUGACAGAGCUGGAUGGGAUCAAAGGGAUCGACAAGGAGAAGAACACCAUCACCGUUCAGGCCGGUGCGCGAGUCUCCCAAAUCCUGGCGGAGCUGCAGAAGCAUAAUCUCACCUUGGAGAACUUCUCCUCCAUCACGGAGACACAGAAAUCGCCUGGUCAGCUUCAUGCUGGCACAGAACUUGAGCAACAGAUCGCUGGAUGGACGCAGGUGAGCGCCCACGGCACUGGUGCACGCAUCCCGCCGGUGGACGAGAUGAUCACGUCAAUGACUGUAGUGAGCCCAGCAAAAGGCCUUAUGACGCUCAGAGAGGGCGACAGUUGGUUUCCCUGGAUGCGGGUGGCACUUGGAUCGCUGGCCGUCGUGCAAGAAAUGACCCUUAAGGUGCGGCCGCGCUACAUGCUGCACGAGCGGACGUAUUGUUGCAACUACGCGGAGCUGGAGCGUGACCAUGCCAAACUCCUACAGACCUACCGACAUGUCCGCCAUGUUUGGCUUGGGUGUAUCCAUCGCUGGACGGGCUUCUUGGCCAAUUUCGCACCAGAGUACACGGCCUCAGGCUACAUGUGGGUCCCCUACACCGACACCAUCGUGGUGGUGGUCUCCGACAUUGCCAAGCCGGGCGCCAAAGCUGUGCCCGCACUGCCGGAAGAACGCCGCGUCGAGCCCUUGAAGCGGCUCUUGCGUGAGAUGCAGCCAGAGACCUGGCGGAGGGUUUUAGAGGACUGUGGCAGCUUAGAGGGCAAGAACUUCGCAGAGCUCCGAGAAAAGCUGCUGGUCUUAGAUCCUUUGAACCCGGACCAUGUCGCGAAGGUCAACCGCGCGGAGGCUGAGUUCUGGCGGAAGAGCAGCGGCGAGCGCAUCGCCGAUAGCACGGAGGUCUUAGGAUUCGAGUGCGGUGGUUCGCAAUGGGUCCUAGAGAACUGCUUCCCUUGCGGCACCAUUGAUUCACCAAAUCUGAAAGACAUCAAGUACGUACAAGAGAUGAAGGGCAUCAUCGAGCGAGAGCGGAUUGCAGCUGCUUCGCCCAUCGAACAAAGAUGGACAUCAAGGAGCAGCAGUCCAAUGAGCCCGGCAUACUCCAAGGAGGCCAAUGCGCUUUUCUCUUGGGUGGGCGUGAUCAUGUAUAUCACCUCCGAAGACCAGGCACCGGCCAUCAAAGAGAAGUUCCGGGAGUUUGCCAUGCGACAUGCUGAUUUGACCUUCAAGUAUGAUGGCUUUUUCCAUUGGGGCAAGGUGGACCUGGCCUUCCACAAAGGGGACAGACGAAAAACCUUGCAGGAGAACAUUGCCAAGAAGUUCGAUGUGAAGGAGUUUGCUGGAUUGAAGAAGGAGCUCGAUCCCCACAAUGUCCUGGGGAAUGACAUCACGGAUGCCGUCCUUUGGGGCUAA